AUGGCCACCGUGUGGGAGGUCGUUGGUGGUGCAGAGCGCGGGGGAAUCAUAGUUCGUACCGGCUGUGAUCUGAGCUCGGAUUUGGCUGACAGUCGACUCGUCACCGGAUCUUUAGUGAAGGAGACCGACUCCUGUGAUGGACGAAUUUGCUAUGAGCUUCUUACGGGCGAAGGGCCUGCCUCGGGGUGGGUUAGCCCCAAUCUCCGUGGCAAGGAGCUACUUGUAAAGACUGGCGGAACCCAAGAAGACAAGGUUCAGUCAAGGCGCCGUGGGUUCUCACAGUGGGCCUCUCGCCAGGGUGAAGAGGUGAGUUCAGAUAGCACCAUGCCCGACUUGGUCCCCGCAGAGAUGGCAUCUGAGAGUUCCGUGUCCACUGCUGAAAGUCCAGUGGCGCAGGUUGAAGAGAUCGCUGUUGUGAUGGAGAAAAAGCUGUCCGACGAUGACGAAGUCGCAUUUCGGCGGUACACCGAGAAGUUUGGCGAAUGUCGUGAUGGCUCAAACCCAGGCUACAGCCGCAAAGCUUUCCCAUGGUUCAACCCGAAGCCGGCACCGGAAGAGAAGAAGCUGUCCACAGAGGCACUGGAGGCAGCACUUGCAUGCAAGCCCAUACAGAGGAAGCUUGCUAAAGACAAGCUCUGGGAAGUCGACUCCGAG